UUUGACAAUUGUGUGCCAUGCAGUUUCCUGAGAGCAAUAUAACUUCACCUCUGUCAGAAAAGACAAACAACAAGAGACAUUUUCUAGCUAACAAACCUCAGUUCUAUUUACACUGUCCUUCAACCGAGGCACCCAUAGAGUCUCUUUGGGAAAUAGCCGCUCAACGAUUACAGCUUUUGCAAGAGAUUGAUAAACUUCGUUCCAGAGGAGCGUCAUUUCAGGAGUUGACUAGUGCUAUUGAAAAGUUUUUGUUUCUUCGGCGACAGCAAAAUGAGUACUAUUCAUACGAAAAUAUUAUAACUGACCGACUAUAUGAUACGGAAUCACGAGAUGUAUUGUCUCAUUACUUGUUAAGACUUGCUUUCUGUAAACAACAAAAUGCCCAAGCAUGGUUUCUCCAAAACGAAACUGUGCUCUUUCAGUGGAGACUAGAAAACUCGCCGCCAACUCAGAUAGACACUUUGAUAGAUCAACUCCAAGCUGUGUGGAGUGAUGAAGAGAUUUCGUUGAGAAAGGUGGUGAAGAAUUUGGAUCAAGAUCCUGAGUUUGCUCAGCUGUAUCAUCGUCUCUAUCAAAAGCUGCCGAGUAGCAUGACGCUUUUGUUAUAUCAAGUUCCUUUUGAACAAGUUCCUGAGCUAUUGAGACAUCGUUCGGUGAUUAUUCGUUCAGGUUAUGCCUAUUUAUUUUCAGAACAGUUGACUAGUUUUUUGGUUUCUCGUUUUAGGAGUGUUUUAUCUAAGGGUCUUGGAGUUUUACGCAAAAUGGAGCACUUUGCUGAAGAACAAGAACAGUUAAACUUGUUGUUGGAAAGUCUACGAGAGUCUCAAAAGUUCUUUGUGAAUCAGUUUUCUUCAUAUUCAUUGAAAGAUGCGGAAAAUCUUGAGAAAGCCAUUCACUUGGAAGAUCUUCCUCAAGCAAUGUUUCACAUGCCGCUUUGUAUGUUUCGUUUGAUGAAACGAUUGGAACAGAAUCAUCAUUUGAAACAUGGUGCUCGUCUUCAGCUGGGUUUAUUUUUAAAAGACUGUGGUUUAUCUAUGGACGAAUCUCUCCAUUUUUGGAAGACAGAAUUUUCCAAAGGUGGCAUUUCUUCUGACAAGUUUGACAAAGAAUAUGCUUAUGCCAUUCGUCAUCAUUAUGGGAGGGAAGGAAAACGUGCCUCAUAUACUCCUUUCUCGUGUAUGAAAAUUAUUCAGCAACGUCCUUCGGCUCAUGAAGAACACGGUUGUCCUUUCAGAGAACUCAAUAGUGCCUCUCUUGAUACCCUAUUGCAAACAUAUGGAGUUGAAGAAGCUGGAUGUAGAGCAUCCAUCGUACAAAAGGCUCAAGAAGGACAUUUUCAAGUAGCUUGUGGGAUGACUAUGCAAAUGAAGAAAACAGGACAACAAAUAGCAACAUCCUCGGAAGAAUUCAGUCCGACAACAACGCAUCCAAAUCAUUACUUUUUUGACUCUCUUGCAACGAAAGAAAACCUUUCCCAUAGCUAAGACUAUUUUUCAACACAACACACACACACACACAAAGAGAAAGAGAGAGAGAGAGAUAUAUCACAUGAUUCCUCUAUGGACUGUUUUGUUUAUACGAAACUCAAGACAAAUGCUUUCUCAAAGGCAUGCUUUUUAAAUGAUUGUUGG